GAGCCCAUUAUCAUUGUUAAUAAUCGCUCCUAAGCUCAGCAGCAGCAAACGUCUCAGCCGCCGCAGACGACGGUGGUUCAAAUUCGUCGCAAUCGAUGAUGCAGACACCGCAGCAGCACCAGUCAUUAGCUUCUCAUUUCCAUCUCUAUCCGUUGGUGGAGAAAUUAACAGAUGCAAUUGAAACUGGAACACGAGAUCAGAACUCUGAUGCUAUGGUGAGUGAAUUGAACAGCCAUUUUGACAAGUGUCAACAGCUCUUGAAUUCCAUUUCAGGAUCCCCAGGAUCUAAAACCAUGACUGUUGAUGGAGAAAAGAGAAAUCUAGAAGAAAGUGAGCAAUUGCUUCAACAGAGAAGGGACUGGAUUGUGGAGUAUAGUAAAAAUCCAUUGAAGACCUUGUCAAGUUAGAGCCUUAUUAGUUCCUUAUUUCUCCCAAGACCCAUGAAUUGUAAUCCGUAAACAAUAGACGGCCGCAAGUGAUCAUGUGCGUUUUCCUAACAUCAACACUUCGAAACAAAAUCAAAA